CCGAUUUAAAAAAAAAAAAAAAAAAUAUUUGAAAGCUUAUAUAUAUAUAUAUUUUUUUUAUAUUUUAAAAAAAUAAUGAAAGGACAAUACAAAAUUGGAUUAGCAAGAAUACUGUUACUUCUAUUAUUAGUAUUACAUAAAAUAUCCGCAGUAACCACACAAUCCUUAACUAUCAACACACCAAAUUAUUUUCAAUUAAUUUCACAAACGAGUUAUCGUGACGGUACAUUAUUAUUAAGAUUAUCAUAUCCAUCUUCUCUUUCUUCUUCACCAACGACGACGACAACGACGACGACGACGACGACGACAACAAAUUGUAAUGAACCAAAAUUAUUUUUAAAAUUGAUUCUUUCGGAUGGAUCAGUUAAAGAUUUAAACAUUGACGUCCCUCAAAUUCCUUUAGAAAAUUUUUGUAAUGAUAAUUCCAUAUCAAGUUCAUCAACGAUUGAUUUUGUAAAAAUUCACCCAAUAUCUUCCGGUUAUAUAUUUGUUACAUAUUAUUGUGAUUUUUCGAAUUUUAAUUUAUGUGGAAUGGUAAUUAAUUGGAAUGGUAACAUCUUAAAUAAUAAUUCUCUAGGAGAUUCUUGUACUGACGUUAAUGUCGUACAAAGCGCCAACACAGGUUUCUUGUGGUUAUGUUACAUACAAGAAUCAAAUCAAUUGAAAUGGCGAAAAUUAAGCGCUCCUGACUCAUCAGGAUCAUUCAAUUCAUUAUCAUCUGGAACAAUUAAUAAUAUAAAUAAUUUUACUUCAACUUUUACUCAAAUUUUUGCGACAGAAAAUGGAGGAUAUGGAAUUUCUACAAUACGAUUUCAAGAUAUACAAAUGAAAAUUUACGUUUUAUUCAUCCCUUCUGAACCUUUAGAAGAUGAUAUUAAAGGACCAUUUCAAAUUUAUUCACAAAUUUCAAAUAAUAUACAACAAUUAAAUAUAUUUAAAUGUAAUAUAGCUUAUAAUUCUUUUGGUUAUAAUUGUGUGAUAUAUUAUAUUGGAAUGGAUGGUCAAACUAAUAUUAUAGAUGUAGAAUUUUUUUCUUCUGGUUCAGUAUCAAGUACGACAAGAUUAGUCAUGAAUAAUGAAUUAAUAACUGGAACAAUAAUUUGGAAUAUAUUACAAUUACAUUAUGGUGGAUUAUGUAUAUUAACAGAAAAUAAUUUAAAUAAGAAUAUUAAUGGUAUAAUAUAUAAUGAUAAAGGUAUAUAUAAUACUACUUGGGAUAUAUCAACAAAUAAUCCAUCAUUAAAUUUAACGAAAAAUGUUGGAAUAUUUCCUAAUAAUACUAUUUGGAUUAUGUCAAAAUCAACAACAUCAACAACAAAUUUAAAUAAUAAUAAUAAUGAAAGUUGGACAUUUAUUACUUCUUCAUCAUUAUUAUCAGAUCUUGGUAAACCUGGUAUUUAUGAUAAUGCUUAUAUAGAUUCAACUAUACCAUCAAUUAAUUCAAUAAUACCUUUAAUGUCAACUAAAAAAUUAAAAAUUAAGUUUAAAAAUUUUAUACAAUUAUCAAAUGGGAAUUUAUCUAUAAUUGAUCUUAAUAAUAAUAUUAUUAGACAAAAUGUUAAUAAAAAUAAUGGAAAUUUUAUUAAUUUAAUUGAUAAUAAUACGGUGGAAGUUGAUAUAUUUGAAACAACUUUUAAUAGAAAGGAUACGUCAUAUUAUGUAUUAGUUGAUAAUGGUUUCGUUAAAGAUGCAAGAGUUGAUCAAGAAUUAUUAGGUAUUAAAAAAGGAAUUUGGAAUCUUUCUACUGAUAAUAAUUCGGAAGAUAAAUCUUAUUUGGCUGAAUCAUUUUUAGGUUCAACAAGUGCAAUAUUAAGAUUGACACCAGCAGGAUCCUCAUAUUACACUUCUUUAUCACAAAAUGAAAAAGAUCAAUUUUCCAAAGAUCUUGUUUCAAAUUUAUCACUCAUAAUUCCAUGUAAUGUAGCUUAUUUAUCAAUCAAAAGUCGUUAUCAAUUUGACAAAGAUUCAGCCUCCCAAGUAUUACUUCGAAUAUCUAUUAAAAAAGAAGGAAGGAAUGAAGUGGACGUUGAUAAUAUUAGUUCAUCACAAAUUGUUAAAGAUUUAGAUUUGUUAAUUAAAAAUAAAGAUUAUAAUGCUAUGUCGACAACAAGUACAACAUCUUUACUUGACGCGUCUUACGGUGCAAAAUCUUUACUGGAUUUAUGGAUUAGGUACGGAUAUAUAUUAAUAGGAGCGGGUAUUGGAUUUGUGAUAUUAACGAUACUAUAUUUCUUUGCACGUAAAAGUAACAAUAAGGGAAAUAAUGAAGUAAUAUUCACGUUUACAUUUAUUAUGUUAGAUUUCGUGUUAGAUAUUUUAUUCGUAUCAAUUCAUGGACGUGAUUUAUCAUGGUUAUAUAUAACAAGUAUCCUAUUGUUAACGAUACCAAUAGCAUUAAAUUUAAUGUUUACUUAUAUAAUAAUAAGUAAAGAAAUUAAGGAUAAUAAUAAAUUUGCAAAAUGGUGGAUAAAUAAUUCGAAAACAGCCUUAUUAUUCACUUUACUUGCUGGUACCGAUUUAGAAUCAUUAAAUUGCUUGACAUCAAAAAGUUUUAAUUCAAUGAAUUUAAGUGCUCCUUUAACUGAAAAGACGAUAUAUCAAAUAUUCAUCAUAAAUAUUGUUACUAUUCUCAUUGAAGAUCUUUCUCAAUUAAUAGUCCUAAUUAUUUAUCAAGUGUAUACGAUAUUUCCAGAUAUAAUACCUAUAUUAACAUUAUCUUCAUGUAUAUUAGUAUUAUUAACAAAAUCAAUUUUUUCAAUAAUUUAUUAUCAAAAAUAUCGUAAAUCAAAUACUCCGAAAAAACCAUACGGGAUAAAAUCUGAUCGUUCAGUAGUAACGACUCGUGAAAGUAAAAUACAUGAUAAAGAUAAUUAUUCUUAUCCAGAUUCAUCACCAAUACUUACUCCUAUACCUGAAGAUUUUCUUAGGAAAAAACCUAAAAGAAGUUUCUUUGGUAGUGGGCAAUAUACUGUUGAUAGUAAAAGGAAUAGUAGUAAUAGUAUUAGUAGUCAAUAUGCUAGUUAUUUUCCUGAAGCGUUAAGAUUAUUUUCUAGUAGUGAUAAUAACAACAAUAAAAGCAAUAAUAAUUCUCAAUCAGAUUUAGCAGAACGUAUUAUGGCAUUAAAUGAGGGUAAUUACUUUGGUAGAGAUGAAAGAACGGGCGAACCAAUAGUUUUAUUAAAAGAACCCGUAGAUCAAAACGCUUUAUCAGCAAAAAUCAAAAAUUUAUCUCAUGGUAAAUUGGUUGGGGAUAGUAUUGUAUCAGUCAGUAAAAAUAUUCCUGAUAGAUUAACUAAUAAUCAAGAUAAAAGAUUAUCUAAUGUUGGAAUAAUUUGUAAUACUCAUAAUGAUAAAGAAGAAUGUGAGAACAUAAGAGAGGAAAUUUUAAUAGAUCAAGAUGAUAGUAAUACGCCAUAUACUAGUAGUGGUAGUGGUAGAAGUAGUACUAUUAAUCGUACUCGAUCAACUCGAUCAACGGCAACUAAUGCUUCGACAGUUGAUGAUAAUUCUCUAGAUAAUAAUAAUUUAAAAAAGAAAAUAAGUUCUCUUAGUUUAAAUCAACAAAAUCUUGGCACCAUUACAGAAAAACAAUCAAAUGUUGAUAACGACGCUGAUGACAUUAAUGUCGAUGAUGGAUCAGAUAAAGCAAAACCUACAUCAACAUAAUUUAUUUUAUUUAUUUUUAAAAAUUUAAAGUUGUAUUAGUUUAAAAUAAUCUUGUACCAUUCAUUUACCAUCCCAACGUUGAUGAUGACGUUGAUGGAUUUAAUUAUAAUGUUUCAAUGUUUCAAUGUUUCAAUGAUUUUUUUUUUUUUU